AUGCAUUUUCUUUUUAUUAACAUUGUGAUACUCAUUAUCUAUACAAAUAACUUUCAUAAUAUACUAGCUUUACCAACAAACCAUAAUGAUGUAUUGAAAGCAAAUAUAUAUUCUAAUGAAGAAAUACCAAAAUUGGAAAAUUUUCUACAAUCAGCAAACCUUAAUCCCGAACAAAUGGGAGGUCAUUAUCAAGGUGAUAUGAUCAUUCCUGAUGAUAUAUUACGUGGAGCGGCAAGUAGACCAUUAUGGCAACGAUGGCCUAAUGGUGUCAUACCCUACGAUAUGACAUCAUCUAUUGCUCACAAUCAUACACUAUUGAUUGAAGAUGCUAUGCGACGUAUGGAAAAUAUAACACGAGUGGGAAAUAAGUUAUGCAUUCAAUUUCGACCAAAAACUGUUGAUGACUAUAUUUUUAUAACAAUUCAAAAUGGAAGUGGUUGUUCAGCUCACGUUGGAUAUCUUGAAAAUUAUACAUUGAAUCGAACGGUUACUUUAAUGCAUACGCCAACUAAUCGUACUUGUAUGAGAACCGCGAUUAUUCAACACGAACUUCUUCAUGUAUUAGGUUUUUUCCAUGAACAAUCUCGUCCUGAUCGUGAUGAGUAUGUUUCCAUUCAAUGGCAAAAUAUUAUAAAUAGUAGUCGAUUCAAUUUUGAGAAAUAUAGUAUAGAGGAUAUUGACACUUUGAUGACAUCAUAUGAUUAUGGAUCGGUUAUGCAUUAUGAAGCGAAUGCUUUCAGUUUCAAUGGCUUAAAUACUAUUAUACCUACGAAAAAUGCUAGUGCAGUACUUGGACAACGUAUUGGUAUGAGUCCUAUUGAUAUUCUUGAGGUUCAGCGCUAUUAUGGAUGUGUUCCAACUCCAUCAGCAGCUACUCGAACAAAUACAAUAUUAAUGAGUUCAACUAUUAUUAUACAGAUUGCUUCAUUACUUUUUGUCGAUUGGUUUAUCUCGUUAAAAUGCAUUGCUGGAAAUUUCAUAGUAUUCUGA